AUGCGGCAACGCAUUUGGAACAGACCGAAGACGGUGCUGCUGGCCCUGGUACUGCUGAUCGGAGCAUGCUGCAAUGUGGUUCUUGGUAUUUACGAUCCUAGAACAGCGCCAAACAGCAGACAUCAGGUGCACAUGAUGCCGGAGAUGCACGGUGCCUACAGCCAGGUCCAUCACCACCGUGCCCAAGAAGCACCGCCCCAGCAAUACGUCCAAACGGACCACUACCAGUACGAGCAGCCACCAAAGCAACAUCCUUCCCUGAUCGGCACCCAGCAGCACAGCUCAGGCCCAUCCGGUCCGCAGUACCAGCCUGGUGUUCCUCUCGCACCGUACCCGUCCGACACCCAGCGAUCUCCGGCGUACGGCCGGGCACAACCAUACACGCAGCAGCUGGUCCCGCUGGCUCCGCGCUUUGCAUACGGCGAGGAAGAUCGAUUGAUCGGUGAAACAGCUCCGGCAAAGCUCGUACGCCCACCGGUACACGCACUGCUGAAAGACUUCAACGGUUUGGAAUGCCCGGAAGGUAGAACGGGCCAUUUCCCGUACGUGAUGGAUUGCCGUCAGUUUUUGAGCUGCUGGAAGGGGCGCGGUUUCAUCCUGAACUGUGCGCCCGGUACGCUUUUCAACCCCAACACGCGCGAGUGUGACCACCCGUCCAAGGUGUCGUGUUUGCCAGUGCCAUCGCUGAAUAGCGUCGUUGAACCGGCACAACGUCCACCGCCGAAAUCGGCCGCUUAUACCGAGCCGAGGCAACAACAAUCGCAGCACCAGCCACAACCACAGCGGCAGCAGGACGAGCUUACCUGUCCGCCGGGUGUGAUUGGGCUGCGGCCGCAUCCGACCGACUGCCGGAAGUUCCUGAACUGCAACAAUGGCGCCCGGUUUGUGCAGGAUUGCGGUCCAGGCACUGCAUUCAAUCCCCGCAUCCUUACCUGUGACCAUCUGCACAACGUGGAUUGCGACAAGUCGGACAAUUUAAUCGUAGAUUACGAUCGUCCCACGGGUUCGGUUGCUGCUAAACCAUAUCCAACGCACACUCCCGCUGGUUCCAAGCCCGUUCCGGCAAUUGUUAGUCCACAGGUUCGUCCCACCAUUCCCACACAACAACAACAGCAACAACAACAGCGUCCUUCGGGACAACAAUCGACCACCGGUCAGCCACCGCUCCAUCCGGACGUGGAGGUAAUCAAUCAAUCGGCACAAACGGAAACAAGCGUUGAUGAGCCUGACGACUACGGGUAUGACGAGUUUGAUCUACGAUCGAACUUUGGAGCACCGGAGGUAGAUCGUCGAAGGCCGAAAGCUUCCCGGAAUCAGGGAGAACCCGAAAAACCUUACCCGAUCUACGUAAGACCACCGACCAAGCAACCGCAAUCCCUUCACCGGGACGCGGAACAGGUCCAAAGUGUUCAGCGACCCGUAUACGAGGCAUCUCCCCCGGUGCAGACAACUACCCGCGCGCCAACGACGACGGCCCGUCCGAUCGGUACACCGUAUCCGACGGUACGGCAGGAAGAUAUCGACGUCCAGCAGCAUCUGGAUGCGCUCAAGCUAAUGCUAACGCCGUACAUGAAGGAACACAAGCAAACAGUCGCACUUAAUGCGACAAAGCUCAGCACCAUGAUGACCACGACGACGACGACGACUGAGCCGCCGCCGGUGGUGCAGGUGAUUGGGCUACCACCCUCACCACCGUCCCGCAAUGGCAACGAUCGGGGCUCUUCCGCCGCACCUUACGUGCUGCCAACAGCGAGUGAGGUGAAUGACUUUUUCUACGGUGCCUCGCAACCGGUCCCACUGGCACCGUGGCCAUUGCCACCACCGUACAUAACCGAACCGGCGGAAGGACAGCGGCCAUCACCACCCGAGUCGGUCGUCUAUCCCAUCUAUCGCAGGCCGACAACGACGACAACAACCACCACGACAACGACCACCGAGAAACCUGCACCGGCCAUUCGGAGCCGAUUCGGGGACAAUCGUCCCAAUCCAUGGCGGCCCAUGAACGUGCCGCAUGCGACAACAACGCAAACGACCGUACCACCGAUCACUACCACCACUACGCGCGAUCCGUGCUACGGUAAGUUUGUCUGCGGCAAUGGUGUUUGUGUUGAUGAGGCCGAAGUUUGCGACGGACGGGACGGGUGUGGGAACCGGGCCGAUGAGCUGGUGUGCGACCACAUCGGGUACGAGCUGAAGCUGUCCAAGAAGGCGCAGGGUAGCGUGGAGGUACGGGCCUACGACCGCUGGGGCUACGUGUGUGAUGACGGGUUCACGAUCGAAGCGGCCAACGUCGUUUGCCGCGAGCUAGGAUUUGCCGGUGGUGCGAUCGAGAUUAAACCACACUCAUACUUCCCACCGAACGCCACCGAUCCGGAUGAGCUGGACCGGGGACCGUUUUUCAUGAUGGACGCCGUCCGCUGUCGGGGUAACGAAAGUACCUUGCGCGACUGCACAUUCAACGGGUGGGGCGUAAGCGACUGCAACCGUGAGGAGGUGGUUGGGGUCGUGUGUCGAACGCCGGUCAUGUCGUGCCCCCAGGACUACUGGCUCUGCCACGCAUCGGAGGAGUGCAUCCCGGUACAGUUCCUGUGCGAUAAUGUGCGUGACUGUGCGGAUGGGUCGGAUGAAUCGCCGGACCACUGUAAGGCACCGCUUGCCGUCCGCUUGGUAGGCGGUCCAUCGGAUCGGGAAGGUCGCGUCGAGAUCAACUAUCACGGUACCUGGGGUACGGUGUGCGACGAUGAUUUCGGUGUGCGGGAAGCACGUGUCAUCUGCCGGCAGCUCGGGUUCAACGGUACGGCCGAGGUGCGCAAGAGCGUUUACCCACCGGGCACGGGACAAAUCUGGCUCGAUCAGGUGGCGUGCAACGGUUCGGAGUCAUCGAUCGAGGACUGUGUCCACUGGCACUGGGGGGAGCAUAACUGUGGCCACACGGAGGACGUUGGCGUGCGGUGUGGUGUAUACGUGCCGACGAAACCGCGGGCCGCACGGUUAAGGGCAACCCGCCCAAAUCCACGGUUUGAUUUUGUGGAACGAUCGCGCAAGAUCCAUCCGGACACGUGUGGGCGCGUGAUGGUCGACCCGAAACUGCGCAAACCAACGUACGGUGCGCGCGUCGUGCACGGUUCGGAAACGGUGUACGGACAUCAUCCGUGGCAGGCAUCGUUGCGCGUGAAGACGCUACAUUGGUGUGGUGCGGUGCUGAUUACGCGCUACCACGUCCUGACGGCGGCCCAUUGCCUGAUCGGCUAUCCGAAGAGUACUUAUCGGGUGCGCAUUGGGGACUACCAUACGGCGGCGUACGAUCAGGCCGAGCUGGACAUCUUCAUCGAGAACACGUACAUCCACGAACAAUUCCGGGAGGGUCACCACAUGAGCAAUGACAUAGCGGUGGUCGUACUGAAGACGCCGGUCCGGUUUAACGAUUACGUGCAACCGAUUUGUCUUCCGGCGCGGGAUGCAGCGUACGAACCGGGCAAGAACUGCACCAUUUCCGGGUGGGGUGCAACCGAAGCGGGAUCUAAAGAUUCAUCAUACGAUCUGCGGGCGGGUACGGUUCCACUACUCCCGGACAGCGUAUGCCGAAGGCCAGAAGUGUACGGAGAUUCGUUGAUUGACGGAAUGUUCUGUGCUGGUACGCUCGAACCCGGUGUUGACUCGUGCGAUGGCGAUUCCGGUGGCCCGUUGGUGUGUCCGAUUGGCGAUGGCCUGCAUACAUUAACCGGCAUUGUGUCGUGGGGAAAGCACUGCGGAUAUGCGAAUAAACCGGGCGUCUACUUGAAGGUGGCACACUAUCGGGACUGGAUCGAGCAAAAGCUUAAUCAAUCACUCCACCAGUACGGUGUUUAA